UUGCAUGGAGCAGGAUGCAGACUAGCUGCAGGAUGGCCCUGUCCAGGGGGCUGAGGUGCUGCCAGCGGGUGCUGUCAUGGGUGCCGGUGGUCAUUAUCUCCUCCGUGGUGCUGUGGUCCUAUUACGCCUACGUGUGGGAGCUGUGCCUGGUGACUGUAGAAAAUACAUUGGAAAAAGCUGUCUACCUGCUCAUCUUUCACAUAGUUUUCUUGCUGUUUUCUUGGACGUAUUGGAAAGCAAUUUUCACCCCUCCAACACAGCCAACAAAAAAGUUUCUGCUGCCCUAUGCGGAGAAGGAGCGUUACGACAGCGAGGAGCGUCCAGAGGUUCAGCGACAGAUCCUAGCUGAGUUUGCAAAGAAGUUGCCGGUGUAUACCUGCACAGGGAGCAGAGCAAUCCGUUUUUGUGACCGAUGUCAGGUGGUAAAGCCUGAUCGCUGCCACCAUUGUUCCGUAUGUGGGAUGUGUAUCCUGAAGAUGGAUCAUCAUUGUCCUUGGGUGAACAACUGCAUUGGAUUCUCAAACUACAAGUUCUUUCUCCUGUUCCUGGCGUAUGCGAUGUUAUACUGUUCGUACAUUUCUGCUACUGUUUUAAAAUACUUCCUUUUAUACUGGACUGCAGAACUAACAAAUAAUCGUGCAAAAUUCCAUGUGCUUUUCCUACUCUUCGUCUCAUUAAUGUUCUUCAUCAGCCUCAUGUUUCUCUUUGGAUACCAUUGCUGGCUUGUGGCAGUAAACAGAACCACCCUUGAGGCCUUUUCAGCCCCGGUGUUUCCCAGUGGUUCUGAUAAGAAUGGCUUCCACUUGGGCAUCCGAAAAAACCUGGAGCAAGUGUUUGGGAAGAGGAAAAGACUUUGGUUAAUUCCUGUUUUCACAAGCAUUGGGGAUGGACUUUCAUUUCCAAUGAGGAUGGUUUCUGAAUCUCAAAACCCACUCCUAGGCAGAGACAAUCAAUGGGAUGAUGAAGGCACAGAUGACGAGAACCCAGUUUCUCAUGAAUCAUCACACAUAAUCCUGGAAAUGGACACAUAGUCAUCUGCAGAUCAUUAGCUGGGAGUUGUUAAGAUUGGGGCCAGAACCCUGGGAAUAUUGCAUAUAACAUCGCCAAGCUAGAAGAUCGGCCCAUCCAGACAUGGCACAGCUGUAGGAUGUCAUCCUCAGGAACGGUUCCGUCUGUGUUCUGCCCUUCAUUUUAGGAGAUUGUAUGUAUUUGGUGGGUGGGGAAAGAGGCACAGGACCAUAUUUAUUAAAACUCUGUGCAUUCUUUUUAUGCAAGAGAAUUUUUCAGUUGCACAGUGAUGAUGUGCUUUAAACUUUUUAUAUUAUAAUUUAUUGAUUUUUAGACUGUUUUUUUUUUUUUCAUAUUUACUUGUAAAUUGACGCUGGAAGGGCAUUUCCUUGUAAGAUCUCUAAGCAAUGAAGUAAUGUUAUUCUGUGCAUACAUACACUGGAGACUGUUGGGAUCUGUACACAAUUUCCAGUAUAGAUUGAGGUGUAUUUCAUGUCUUGGUAGGUGGGAUUUUUUGCACUGUAGAGCAAUGCUGGGCAGAUUCAAAACCAACUUGGUAUCUCAUGUGCCCGCUUUGUUCUUUAUCUCAGCCUAAAUCCAUUGUCAUUUCUGUACCAAAGCAUUACUUCUGAUAUAUCAGGGGCCAGAAUACUAAUUCCGGCAUCAAAUAGUCCAAAAGGUCUGACAGACAGCUUGUUUCCAGUGCAAAAUUGCAUAAUUGCCCUGGUUGUCUAAGAAUACUCUGUAUAUACCUUUUCUAUGAUUGUCUGAUACUCCAGAAUACUUGAUACUGUACCACGUCAGAUCACAUUAACGCCGGAAUAAAGGAAGUUACGGUCUGGUAGAUUCCUGAUUGCACCACAGUUGCCUGGAAGUGAAUGGUGUGAUUUGUACAUAAUUCUGUAUGACACAACAGCAGCACCAUCCCUAGAAUUACAUCCAUUAUAACCUAAUGCGUCCAAGGCGCUUGUGUGCCCUAUUCCUUACUGCUGCAGUUGGACUCCUGUUCUCACGACCAUAUCCGGACGUGGUCCGUGUACUGCCCUUAUUGUAUUUGAAAACAAUGGUAUGUGUUCUUCGUUUGGCGGACAUGUUCUAUCUUUUUGCAGAAUGGACAUACAGAUGCGGAAAGCACACGGAUAAUCCGCCUGUUUUCUGCACCUUUAUGUCCGUUCCACAGAAAGAUCGAACAUGUCCUAUAUUUGUCCGCAAAACGUGGACUGCGACCCUUGAAGUCAGUGGCUAGGCAGAAAUGUGCAAAGGAUGCAACACGGACCACAUCUGUAUUUUGCGGAUCCGCGAAUUGCAGACUGCAGAACUGAUAUGGUUGAGUGCAUGGCGUUUUAAUCAGAGACUAUAAUUAUGUGGGUAUAUGAUUUCCAUGAUCCCUACUUGUUAUGUGUAUUAUUUGUAAUGUAUGCUCAUUCAUUUGCAGAUUGCCCAGUAUUUGUAUGUGAUGAUGGGUUAACUUUUUUCAGUAUUGCGUCCAUAACAGGAGAACUGGGAACAUAUUCUCUUGAUGCUUGACCAUAGUUAAUAGUGAAAAGUGUAACUCCACUUAAUCAUAACUACUGACGCGGUCACCAGUGUUAUGCUGUCCGAUCUGAGGGCAGGAUAAACUGGUGAAAGAGACCCUGAAGCAAACACUGGGUUACUUACUUGGACUGACCUACUUGUGUUCUUAAGUAGCUCCCGCAGGAGCCGAGUGCUGGCGUCAGCACAAUACUGUGCAUGCGCCAGGGAGUCUUUCUAGUCAUAAGCUCUCGGAUGCCUCGUGAAUGGCUGACAGCCCUCAUCAAUGAUAUGGGGGUGGUAGGAGCCGGGAGCUGAUGCAUAUGAGGACUCCUUGUGCGUGCACUGGAUUGUGCUGACAAAGCACGUGGGUCGCACUGGAGCUGCUCAGUACUGAUCUUUAAGAAAACCACCAGGUUAAUCCCAGUAAGUAACCAAGUGUUUAUUUUAGGGUCGGUCACCAGUUUAUUCUGCCCUCAGAUCAGACAGCAUAAAACUGGUGACAAGUUCCCGAAUAGGGCAGCAAAAAUGGUGACAGAUUUCCUUUUAAGGCUGUGAAUAAGCAGCAACACAAAUUGCAUGAAAAUGGUGGUGACAAUGCAACUAUAAUCAAGUCCGACAAAGAAAACAGUUGGUAGAGAUCUAGCUUUAAAGGGGUAUAACCAUCUCCGUACAGACCAGAACAAACUCCAUUGGCCUCACUAUCAAAACUAUCUGAGCCACUGCUUACAAAAACAUACAGUGGUAUAGUAUACAGUUGCUUCAGAAUUUUUUUUUUUUUUCAAAUGUCCUAGCCAGUGGGACCUGUGGAGAGAGCUUUACUUAACUUCCCCCUGAGACUUUGUUCAGGCCCUGUGACUCUUGGGACGUUUUCACAAGACUUCCGUACCCUACAUGGACUCGAUCACGUGUGCCUCUGCAGCCAAUGACAUGUCCCCAAGUAGCAAAUCACUGCUGGGUCGUGUGCCACAUCACCAUUGAGGCCAGUUGUUGGCUGCAGUGGCGCAAGUCACCUCUUCUGUUCAGGAAGUUUACAUGUGGGGAUCGGACACCCCAGGAGCCACAGAGCCCGAAUGGAGCAGUGAGUGUAGUGUAAGUGUAGAUCUCUUCACAGGUCCCACUGGAGGACGAGGAGCGCAUAAAAAUAAAAUAAAAAAUCCUGGACAACCCCUUCAAAAGGGUUAUCCAGUAAUUAUUAUUGAUGACCUAUCCUCAGGCUGGGUCAUCAAUAUCCGAUCAGAAGAGGCCGGUGCUCUGUGAGCGCUGUAGCCUUUUCCUAGACCACGUGACGUCAAUGUACAUCGGUCACAUGGCCUAGUUGCCAUGAAGUGAAUGGGGCUGCACUGCAAUACCAAGCACAGCUGCUAUAUUAUGUAUGGCACUGUGCUUGGAAGGCCCCUAGAGCCCUGGGGAUCGCAGCGGCAGCUCCUUUAAUCAGCUGAUCAAGGGGGGUUGGGGGGGUGCUGAGACUCUGCCCCUCCACCAAACUGAUGAUGAUGACCUAUCCUGUGCUCAUUAUCCAUCACAGGAUAACUGCUUUGAGCCGCCUAUACUGUGUGGACUGGGCCCAGAGAGGUCCAUAGGAAAAUAUAUGUUCAUGGUGGUAGAAGUUUCUGCUAGGAACUUUUAAUAAAUGAGGCCUUAUAUACAGUACAUAUACUGUUCUGGCCACCAUGUAUUUUAAUAAGAUGUUCCAAAGCUUUCUAAAUUCAUAUAGAGAACCCCUUUAGAUUAACACUUUAAGGCUAUUUUCACACUCUCGUUUUGUACGGAUCCGUUUGUAUUAUCUUUAACAUAGCCAAGACGGGUUAGUCUUGAACACAAUUGAAAGUCUAUGGAG